AUGUCACCAGUCAAAUCCCAAGAUAGGGCAAAUCCUCAAAAGAGAAAGGGAGAGGCUGCAAAAAAGGGAAAUCAACAGAAAAAUGAUGCCCAUAAUGGCUCUUCUAAAGUUCCCAAUGGAAAAAGAGAAAGAAGAAGGGAUGCACAGGCUACGGAGGAUGAAAAAGAGGCAAAUAAAGUGAAGAGUAGAAGAAGAAACAGAGCAGAUCAGGGCAAAAAGAAAGAGGAUGUGCAGAUACAACCCGAUUGCACAUUAGGGAACAGAAAACCUGCAAAUGGAAGAUCAUCCCAACUGGAUAAAGAGGGUAAAUGCAUGAGAGGUGUGAAUAAGACUAGUAAACAGCAACCAAAAGCAGCAACACAAGGGAGAAAACGCAACAAGAAGAGUGACAGAGUGACAGAGAGUGAAGAGGAUGAAGAGGAGGAGGAAUCAGAGAGCGAUGCAGGAAGCUCCGCGGAGGUGACGGAAGACGACACGAGUAAUGAUGAGAAGGAGAAUGAGCCGGGCAGUAACAUAGAGCCAGAGGAGACCCAGGGGAGCGAGGAGAGCAGUCAGGAGGAAGCCGAGGCGUCUGAUACUCAAAGAGAUACAGAGCAGACUGCAAACGAGGAGUCAGACAAAGAGGACACCAAAUCCAGACAGGAAUCUGAAGUGGAAUCAGGUGGAUCAAGUCAAGCAGGAGAGGAAGAGAAGACACAGGUUGAAGGGACAAAGGCGGUUAGUAGUGAUGGGAGUGAGGAUGAGAUAACCCAGGAGGUCACAACUGGAAGACGGACCUCUCGUAACACCAGAAGACAAGUCAGACGGUCUCAGCGUCCCACAAAGCCUGUGGAAGAGCCUGAGCAAAAGUCGAAACACAAGAUGUUCAAGAAAACCAAGGCAGACAAGCAGGCGGAGAAGGAGGAGAAACAGAGGGCCAAAGCAGAGAAGCAAAGGCUGGAAAAGGAAGCCAAACAGAGAGCAAAGGAGGAAAAAAAGAACAAGAAGAAGCAAAAGAAGGAGGAUAAACCCAGUCCUGCAGCAGAGGAAGUUCAACCACAGCAAGUUCCUGACCCAGCCGGAGAUGAGACCCAGCCAGCGCUGGUAGACGUCGAUCAGGAUGGCGAAGAAGAGGAGGUGCAGCCAACUCUGAGCAAAGCACUAAAAGGCCAAAACCGGAUCAUGCUUCUUAAAAAUAAGGGGAAAGAUCUCAAAGCAUUCCUGGAGCCAGAGGAGCAGCAGAGUAGUGGAACCAAGAGCUCGCUGUUAGGGAAGGUUAAGACAAGACAAAAAGCAAAGGACGAAGAGACGUCAGAGAGCGAAGGGACUGAAGUCGAGUCAAACAAAAUCAAGGAACGUUUGAUCGCACAAAGAAAAGGCAUGAGCACUUUUAACAGGAUGUCCGGUUGGUUCCAGAAGAACAUGCCGCGGGGAUUAAACCUGAGAAAGAAGCUCUCUGCUUGGACUCGAGCAAUCAGCAUCUCACGCUGGCUGUCCCUGCGUGGGAUCAAACAGAAGCAAGGCCCAAGGAAGUCCAAGGGCAGCAUCCUUAAACACAGAAUGGCCAUGAGGGUUGCAAGUAAAACCAGUCUGGCCGGUAGGAAAACCAGGAGCAAGGCAGGGGAAGGAGGAAAGGAAGCCGAGGCUGGAGAGAAAGAAGUAGAAGCCAAAUAUGCCGUAGUACUGCCAAGGAUGAAUAAACUGGGAAAGUCAGAAGCAACUGAGGUGUCUGAAGCAGCUUCUGCUCCGUCAAGUACCACCGGAGAGCAAGCUACAUCAGAGCCCCGACCCCCAAAACCAGGCGCCAAGCUCGUGCUCCCUGUCAAACCAGAUCUCAGCCUCCUAAAGUCCAUUAAGAAGCCAUUACCUGGAGGUUUAACACCAGGUGGAGAUGUAUCAGGCAGGAGCCAGGGAUCCAGCGCUGCUGUGGAAGAAUCCUCCCACACGGACAACAGGAAUGGGCAAUCAAUCCUCAGAAAUCAAGAUGGAGUCAGUGCUCUACAGACUGCCAGGAUCAAACUGGACCCUUCCCAGAUCAACCUGUCCAAGAUCUCCUUACCAGGAUUAGGUGGUGGUGGACAGGCUCGAACCAAGGGACCAGAACCAGAGAGAGAUGCUACAGCCGGGAUACCGAGGUCUACUGCUCAGCCUUUUUCUAAUGGAGUGGCCCCUACGGGACCAUCAGGACCACGGUCUUUGUACGAAGAAGAAGCAGACAGAGAAGUGGCCCAAUUCAUGGGCGAGGGUGGGAUUUAUGCCAUCCCACAACCAGAGGUUCACUGGGCUGGAAACCCACGGAUGAGUGGAGACCCUCAGUUCGGUGUGGAGCUCAACGCUGCUCAGCCAUUGGCUGAGUUGGAGCUCAAUGACUGGCUGCGUGCUGAGAACUUGUUGCCCCAUCAGACGGUGGAGAAGCUAACCAAGUGGACCAUUUAUGAUGAUGAGGGCCAGGCCAGGACGGUUCCUGCAGACAAUGGGAGGGGCCCCUGGGAAUCAGAAGAUCCCACCCAGGAUAUGCUGGAGAGCCGACUGGUCAACACACAGGUGGUGAUUUCUGGAAGCAAAAGGGCAGUAGAGGUGGACGAAGUGGAGGAUCUGUCUCAGCUGGAAGAAGUAUGUGAGAGCUCUGUGCUGCUGAAUCUGAAGAAACGGUUCCAGCGUGACUGUAUCUAUACUUACAUUGGAAACAUGCUGCUGUCCAUCAACCCCUUCAAGCCUGUGAACAUCUACACAGAGGAGCUGAGACUGAAAUACCUCGGGAGAGGGCAGCAUAGGAAUCCACCACACGUGUACGCCAUAGCUGAUGCUGCCUUCAGUCAGUCUCAAACAUCAACUCAGGAGCAAUGCAUCAUCAUCAGUGGCCAGAGCGGUUCAGGGAAGACAGAAGCUACAAAGCUGAUAGUCCACUACCUGAGCUCCAUGUAUCAGGGUAGAAACGACAACCUUAGACAGCCAAUGGAGGCCUUUCCAAUCCUGGAGAGCUUCGGAAAUGCCAAGACGAUCCUGAACAACAACUCCAGCCGAUUCGGGAAAUACCUCCACAUCCACAUCCUCCACGGGGUUGUUGUAGGGACGUCUCUGUCCAAGUACCUCCUUGAGAAGUCCAGGGUUGUGUUUCAGGCCAAAGAGGAGAGGAACUACCACGUGUUUUAUGAGCUGCUGGCAGGUAUGAACGAGUACGACAAACAGGAGCUCUACCUGCAGGGAGCUGAGACCUAUUACUACCUAAAUCAAGGUGGUGCUUGUGAGUUGAAGGGUAAACAGGACAAGCAGGACUUCCAGCUUUUGGUGCAGUGCUUUGAAACCAUCGGUCUACACACUGACCAGAUCUGCACCGUCUGGGCCAUCCUCUCUUCGAUCCUGCAGCUCGGCAACAUGUGCUUCAGCUCGUAUGAGAGCGAGUCGUUUGAGGUGGCUCGUAUCUUCAGCGAGGCCGAGGCUCGGAGGGUUGGCUCCUUGCUGCAGAUUUCCUCAGAGGCCCUACAGACUGUCAUCACUCACAGAGUCACAGAGACGACCUACGACAGGAUCUACUGCCCUCUGUCUGUGGAAAGUGCCAUAGAAUCAAGAGAUGCUAUUGCCAAAGCUUUAUAUUCAGUGCUGUUUGACUGGCUGCUCGAGCAGAUCAAUGACUGGCUGAGUCCCACAGAGAUGGACAGCACUGUGGGAAUAGUAGACAUCUACGGGUUUGAGGAUCUUGGAGUGAACAGCUUUGAGCAGCUGUGUAUAAACUUUGCCAACGAGCAGCUGCAACACUUUGUCAACAAAGCAGUGAUCUCACAGGAGCAGGAGGAGUACAGUGCAGAGCAGAUCCAGUGGUACCCGAUGCCACUCAAAAACUUUCACUCUUGUCUUGAUCUGAUCUCCUCCAGACCACACGGCAUCCUCCGAAUACUGGACGACCAGACCUGCCUACCACAAGCGACAGACCACACUUUCCUCCAGAAGUGCCACUACCACCAUGGGAACAGCCCGUUCUAUGCCAAGCCCAAAAACCCCCUGCCAGUCUUCACUAUCUACCACUACGCUGGAGCUGUCACUUAUCAGGUUCAUAACUUCCUAAAUAAGAACCACGACCAGUUUAGGACUGAAGUGUUGGAGCUUUUUGCCAGGAGUCGGUUGAAGAUGGUGUCGGAGCUGUUCAGGAAGGUUCAGGAUGGUUAUAUUCAGCAGAGAGAGCUCGGCUGGAGAGGAAAAGGCCUCCGACAGCAGCCUUCCACCGCCGCCUCACAUUUCCUGCAGUCUCUCACUGAACUCACCACCCGUCUGGAGAGAUGCAAAACCACUUUUAUUCGCUGUCUGAAGCCAAACUACGUCAAGCUCCCUGGACUCUUCGACUUAGAGUACAUGUCGACCCAGCUGAGGCAUGCUGGGAUACUGGAGACCAUCCACAUCAGGAAAGAAGGCUUCCCAGUACGGAUACAGUACUCCUUCUUUGUUGAGAGAUACGGUGUUCUCCUGACUCAGAAGGUCGGUGAAUCGUCAGACAGAGAGCAGACGGUCGCUUUGCUGGAGAUGGUUGGUGGAGAGGAGGGACAGUACCAGCUGGGACUCACUAAGGUGUUCCUGAAGGAGCUUCUGUUCCAGCAGCUGGAGGAGAAAUGGAGCAGCACGCAGACCUGGGCCGCCAUCACCAUCCAGAGGAACAUCAGAGGCUUCCUCUGCAGGAGGAACUUCAAGUUCUUCAAACAGAAAGCCAUCAUCAUCCAGAGCCACAUAAGAGGACACCAGGCCAGGAAGUACUACAAGCGUCUGAGGCAGUCGUUCACUCAGUUCUGGGCCGUCAUGAUGAUCACCAGGAACACCAUCAAGAGACGCCACUGGAGGAAGCAGCAACAUAGGAGAGCAGCGCUGCAUCUCUUCUUCCACUUUCUGAAAGCUGUCCGUCUGACUCUCAGCUCCUCUGCUCUACAGGAAUUUCACGAGAAGACCAAAGUAAAAGCGGUGACAAAGAAAAAGUCUGUCUCUCCAGCGAUGGAUGUGGGGAUGUUGGAGAUCCCUGCUGAGCUGUCAGCCAGACUUCACAACCCAGCAGGGAGGCAGCAGAGGUCAGAGGUCACUGUGGCGAGACCUCCGCAGGUGAAGGCAGAACACAGACUCAGUCUGCCUCUGGAUGUAGACAGAUACCCGUUCUCUCGAUAUGCCAAGUCCUUCUUAAAGGAUACAUGGAGCCAGCCUCAGGGAUACCCCCUCCAGAGACCCCUCACCUCUCUGGAGCCUGAAGAUGCCAGAACGGCCCUGGACAUUUACAAACUGAUCAUGCGGUUUACAGGUGAAUCAGACCUCAGCAGCUGGCAGGAGCAGAUGUUGGGUAACUACAUCGUAGAGAAGGCACAGAGCCAUCCGGCUUUGAGGGACGAGAUCCUGGCCCAGCUGGUGUACCACACUUGGGGUCUGCCGGAGGAUCAGGGCGCUCUGAGGGGGUGGCUGCUGCUGGCCUGCUGUCUUAGUGCCUUCACUCCAUCACCAACGCUGGACAAACCACUGCUGAAGUAUGUGUCUGACCAGAGUCCAUUGGAGUACCGCUCACUGUGCCAACACAAACUGCUGACGUCUCUGCAGCUCCCAGCUCCCACUGCCCGUGUUUACCCCCCCACAGAGCUGGAGUGGACCAGCAACCGAAAGAAGGGUGCCAUGACGCUCGAUGUGCACACGUUCAAUGAUGAGAGGCUGACGGCUGAAGUGGAUUCCUGGACAACAGGAGAGCAGCUGGCCUCGUGGCUCCUUCACUUCAGAGGUGUGUCAGAGGCAGCCCAGGGCUGGUCAGUGUCUCUCCUGACUGAUGAUGGCUGGUCAGAUCUGGCUGGAUCCGAUUUUGUCAUGGAUCUCCUGGCUGGAGCUGAAGCUGAAGUUCUGCCUCCUCCAGGGACUCCAUCGUCUUCAAUUUCUGACUACCUGUUCAGCAGCCAGGCAGACAGGAUGCCAUCUAUAGAUCUGGAUGACUUCAUCCCUCCAGCACCACCUAUGCAAGCUCCAGGCCUGCCGCCAUAUGAGGGAACCCCCUGGGCCAGAGAUUAUCCACAAGAAGGCCGUGGUCGACAGAUGGAUGCCUACGUUGAUGACCUGUUUGACCCUGUGCUGGACAAUGGACCUCCAGACAUGGAUAGAGUCGCCAUGUUAAAUCGCAGGAUGAGAGGAGGAGGCGGGAUUGGACCAAUGCAUAGUGGCAUGUAUGGAGCCGGUGUACCAAUGACAAUGCCAACUUAUCCCGUGGGAAUGCCAUCAGUGCCCAGUUAUGGUGCAACUCCAAUGAUGCCAACAGCCAUGCCAGCCAUGCCAGCCAUGAUGGUGCCUCAGGCUCCAAUGGCUGCUCCUCCUGUUGCUGACCCUGCACAGAUGGCUGCAACUCAGCAGGCUCUCAUCAACCAGCAGGCCUUACUCAUGGCUCAGCAGAUGACCCUGCAGGCGAUGACUCUGUCCCAGCAGCAGACGCAGGAGCAGCAGAGGAAGCAGAAGAAGGAGGAGCAGGAGAGGAAGUGGGAGGAGGAGAGGCAGCAGAGACGCCAAUCAGAGCGGCGGUCCAGGCGCUCACCCUCGCCUCGACCUCGAUCUCGAUCCCCAUCACCUCCACCUCCACCCGCUCAGCCCAAAGUAUCGGCUCCUCAACGCAAACCCAGCACCAGACAGCCUCAGCCAGAGCCAGAGAGAGCGGCGGACAUGCCCGAUCCUGAAGACCUGCAGUCUUUCAGGGACAAAAGGAACUUCUUCCAGAAAAUUGGCUUUCCAUCACGCAAGGAAUCUAAUCCUCGGCCGGCCCGUCACAGCCCCCCCAGGCGACAACCUUCACCCAGACGACAACCUUCACCCCCACCUCCGAAACCUGAGGUGAGGCAUCCUCGCUCACCCCCUGUCCGAGCAGAAGACCCCCCGAAACCAGAACAAACCCCUCAGCCGGAGCCCACCUCCAACAUCCGGGAAAUCAUCAGACAGUUCAACAGCAGACCACAACCAGAACCCAAAGCAUUCACGCCUGUCAGACAGUCUUCCCGCGUGUUUGUGAAGAGAAGUGACCCAAAACAAGAAGCUCUGGACAAACUUAAAAACAAAGCACCAGUGCAACAACAGAGGAGACAGUGGGCGCCUCCUCCGAGGAGGGAGGAGACCCCCUCCCCUCAACCCAGUCCUCCCUCAAACAGCGGUCCUCGCAUUUACUCUGACAGCAUGAGACAGAAACAACAGUUCCUCCAAGAACUGUUCAAGUCCAGGAACGCAGAGAGUUCUCCACCGCCUCUGCCCGACUCACUGCCACCAUCGCCACCACCUCCUCCUCCUUUACAGCCAGCACCCAUCCUCCAGAGCAUCCCAGACCCUCCACCCAUGGCUGCCCCGUCUCUGUAUACUGAAGUUGAACGAGACGAGGACGGCGUUCGCUCACAGCUGCAUCGUUUCUCUCCAGAUGUUUACUUAUCCAACGCCAACAUGCCGGGAAAACUCUUCCUGAGAAAAGAGGUGUUUUACCCUAAAGAGAUGUUCAACAGACCAUACAUCCUCAAUCUGUUGUGUGAACAGAUCAUGAGGGAUACGUACUCUGAUAGCUGUGUGAGGAUCAGCAGAGAGGAGAGGAGGAAGAUGAAGGAUCUGCUGGCAACCUUCAAUGUGGGAACGACUAUCAGCACCAUCGAGAACGACACUAUGAAGAAGAGGAUCGUCAUCGCUGCUCGUGAUAACUGGGAGAACUACUUUACCCGCCUCUUCCCAAUUAAGUCGGACACUGGGGACGCCGAGGUGUUGGGCGUGUCUCAUCGUGGCGUUCGUUUCUUGAAGGAAGCCAGAGCUUCAGGCAUCAACCCCAAACACCUCCAUCAGCUCAAGAGCUACAGUUUUGCAGAGCUGCUGUCGGUCGAGCUGCAGGGCACAGACAAAGUUCAGCUGGAGCUAAAGGGUGAAAACUUGGUUCUGCAGUCAUCAAAAGCUCCUCAGAUCACUGCCAUGAUCCAACUCUUCCUCCAGGAAGUCACCAGGGACUCGGGCUAUGUAGUUGCCCUGAAGAGUUUCACGACGGAUGAUAAGAGCCUGCUCAGUUUUAACCGGGGUGACAUCAUCAAACUUCAGCCAAUGAGGGAGUUACAAGCAGGCUGGAGCUUUGGCACUUUUGCGGGACGCUCUGGUCUUUUCUCUGAAGAUCUCACCCAGCCGUCUGCAGCCCCGGACUACCACAACCUUCACCUGAUCAAAAGAGACGACAGGAGGAAAAGCAUGAGGAACAGCAGGCCCGUGCGCUCAGCUGAUGGCUCACCCUUACGCCCGCCUUCACGCCAACCUUCACGUCCAAUCUUCAGAGAGAACAUAAGCCCAAACCCAGAGCAUCCCAGCAGAGGAGUCUCACCCCUGAGCUCUAUCAGAGGAUCAGACCAUGAGAUGGAGCCUCUCACGCCCAUGGCUGAGUUUGCAAUGAAGUACUUCAGAGUGGGGGAAAACGGUCUGCCAGAUGGUGGGAAAAGUUUCUUAGACACUGUUCAGUUCACAGAGGCUCCCAUACAGGAGUCUCUGAUCCUCUACAGUGAUCUGGAGAGCAAUGAUUUAUCCGUGCAGUGUUUUACCAACGUGAUGCAGUUUAUGGGCGACAUGCCGAUGAUGGCGAAGAACAACGAGUCCAACUGUCUCAAUAAUAUCCUGCUGUUGGGGAAGGAGAAGGAGCCACUGAGAGAUGAAAUCUACUGCCAGGUCAUCAAACAAGUCACUAACAACCCCACGCAAUCUACAUGUACUCUGGGCUGGCGGCUCCUCAACCUGGUGACUGGUUUCUUCCCCUGCACAAGCACUUUGCAGCCGUUUGUCACACAACACCUGCAAGACAUCUCUGUGGACUACGAACACCCAUACCAAGAGCUGGCGGGUGUAUGUCUCAAUAACCUGCACCGCUCUCUCACUUUUGGCGGUCGUCGUAACAUCCCUUCACACGUUGAGAUGGAGGCUAUUAUGGCUGGUAAAACUUCUCGUCGUAUCCCUAUUGGGCUGCCAGGAGGAGUCAACUUCCCCAUCAAGAUACGCAGCUUCAGUAUGGCAGCAGAUGUGGUGUCAGAGUUCUGCACUGAAAUGGGAGUCUCUAAUCAGGCAGAAAUGAAAGAGUUCUUCAUCCUCGCCAACAGACAUGAAGAUGGGUUGGUUCGUCCCCUCAGUGCUGCGGAGUAUCUGUUCGACUAUGUGCUGGACGAUGGCUCCAUCUCCUUAUGCAUGCGGAGGGUGAUGUGGAAAAUCCCCCUCACCUUCGACAGCGACCUCUAUGUGGAGUUUCACUACCAGCAGCUCCUGGGUGAUCUGCUGAGUGGUCGCAUGAUGCUUCCUCCUGCUACAGCUGCUUUCUCAUCAGUCCAGCAGAUGGGAGAGCUCUCGGCCCUGCAGCAUCUGGCCCAGGGACUGAAUGACCCGCCCUCACUGCAGGAGAUAAAGAGCUACCUGCCAAAACAGAGCUGGGUUGAGAGUAUGUCUGAGGAGAUCCUCAACUCCUGUCACAAUCAGAUGAAUGCCAACCUGUCCCUCAGCCCUCAACAAGCCAAAAUACAAUUCAUCGAGAUUCUCACCACCCUGCCCCUGUUUGGCUCCAGUGUUUUCAUGGCCAAGAAGGUGAGCCAGCGUGGCUGUCCGUCUCCAUGUGUUGUGAGCAUCAGCCAGGAGGGGGUGCUGUUUCUUCACCCUAAAUCACAGGAACAAGUGUUUCAGAUUCCUCUGUCAGAGAUUCAGGCCAUGCGAAGUGCCUUCAAAAAGAAAUCGAGCAAAAUGCCGUCAGUGGAAAUCGACUACAGCAAUCCAGCCCGUCGAAAAAAGAUCACUAUUCAGCUCAAACAGGCUAAGGAGCUGUGCCACAUCCUCGCUCUGAUAAUGGAAGAAAAUAUGUAAAACACACUUUUACACAUGAGAGAUUUUAUUGAUCACCUCCUCCUCUUCAGUUCUGUUAUGUAAAACCUUUUUGUUAAUUUAUCUUUUUGUGUAACAUUUUGUCAUAAUUCAAUGAAAGACUUCAAACAUGAAUGUAUACCAACAAUGCCGAUCUUUUCUUGUCGUCUGAAAUCUGCCACAUCGGAGAAAAUGUGAUCAAAGAAUCUAAGAGGGUUUAAAGAAUUAAAAUGAUUCAGCUGAUUUUGUUAAGGUUUAAAACCUUUUAUUUGAUACUUUAAGUUAUGUGAUUAUUGUAAAGUUUGUAAAUCACAUUUAAAGGUGGUGUUUUAACGGUUUCAUGUAAUAUAAAGGGAUCAUUUGUA